CGUCCUCCACUCUCGACUAAUUUCGAGGUCAUGUCAGAUGGUAUUGAAAUAGUACACAUAUGACAUGAUUGUAUAAACACAAAGAUAUACUACGUCAUGUGUUGUUGAUCGGUGAAAAUGCGCACGUAUGUUAGAUAUUCGUAAUCAGCUGUAAUCAUCGAAUGCAAGUGGCCAUUUCCCAUUACGAGGAAUUUGUUUACCAUCUAUUCAAUCUUUAGUAUAAAGUGAAUUUUUGUGAAUGCAAUAGGUUACAUUAGUUUGGAGAUACCGCAGUGCCAAUCAUGAGGAGUUCAGUGAGAUAUUUGCUCCAAAAUGGAUUGCAGCGUUUUACAGCUGAUGGAGGUAUCAUGCGACGUUUUACGUGCAGCAUUAUUCAUGGUUUACCCAGUGGAUACGACCAAGAUCACCAGAUGAGAUCUGUAAGAAUGACCCACAGUAUGGCCCAAAAAAAUUGGGUGUCCAGCAGAGACGAGAGUCGUGAGAUGAUGGGACUCUGGCCAGAUAUUGUAAGGGAUUUAACUGAGGCUGGACGUCAUCUAGACAUUCCUGAUGCGACUAAAUGGAUGGCUAAGGUACUACAAUCCAAUGUUCCAAAUGGAAAAAAAAAUCGUGGCCUAGCCCUAGUGUAUGCUUACCGUAAAUUAGUGUCUCCUGAACAUCUCACUGAAUCAAAUUUGAGAAUGGCCCGGAUACUGGGCUGGUGUACUGAAUUGCAUCAAGCAUUUUUCCUGGUGGAAGACGACAUUAUGGACCGCUCGAAAACCCGAAGGGGCCAGCCCUGCUGGUACCUUCACAAUAACAUCGGCUUAGCUGCUAUCAAUGAUGGUAUCAUAUUGGAACAAGCCCUGUAUCAACUAUUGCGCACCCAUUUUAAGAAGGAAACAUGUUACGUUGAUCUCCUGGAGACCUUCCACGAGACCACCAUGAAAACUACCAUGGGACAAACUCUAGACCUUCUCUCCACCAACUUUGGAAGUAAACCCAAUUUAAAUUUAUUUACAAUGGAUCGAUACAACGCUAUUGUUAAAUACAAAACAGCCUAUUACUCAUUCGUUAUGCCAGUGACUUUAGCUAUGUAUUUUGCUGGAGUGACUGAUCCUGAGAUGCAUCGCCAGGCAAAAACAAUUUUGCUUGAAAUGGGGCAUUUCUUCCAGGUCCAAGAUGAUUAUUUAGACUGCUAUGGAGAUCCAGGUGUCACUGGAAAAAAUGGAACUGAUAUACAGGAAGGGAAAUGCUCAUGGCUAGCUGUUGUUGCUCUCCAAAGAGCCACUCCAGCACAACGACAAGUUCUGAAGGAUUGCUAUGGAUUUGACGAGGUGGAAAAAGUGGCACGGGUCAAACAGUUAUACGACGAUUUGGGAUUGCCAACAACAUACGCGAUUUAUGAGGAGGAGAGUUACAACCUCAUGAACACCCACAUACAACAAAUAUCCCGAGGUCUUCCGCACGACUUAUUUUUCAAAUUCUUGUCCAAGAUUUAUCGCAGGGACGCCUAGACGAGUCACGCAGUUCAAGGACAUGCGUGAUAAUCCAAUGAAAUUACCUCGAUAUUUACAAUGCUACUGUUUCAUAAUCGUAAAUACGAAUUUUGUAAUUUUUUUUUACACUUGAAAGAAGUAAAUAAAGAUAUUUUUCAACACCAAAA